AUUCUUUUUUCCCUGGUCUUACAAAUAUGCAGGCGACAUUAAGACUUCUCGCUGCCAAACCUGGAGCUGCCCACAGCAGCCGGAAAGCGGAAAUAUAAACCAGCAAACCGUACAAAUCCCCAAAAACACCCUUGCUGCCUCCGCCGACAUAUAAAGUCCUAGUGACUAUCUCGCCAGCACUAGAAAAAAUACCUGCCAUCUUUUGAAAGUUCUCUAUAUAAUAUCAGACUUUCUUCCUCCACCAACAAGACACCUAUACCCUUGAUCCAAGCAUACAAAAUUCCCACAAUUCAUUCCAGAAACAGAGUUUAGGGCUUAAAGAAAAUGGUGAAAGUGAGACAUUCGAGGUUACAUACGAAGAAAUGGUCGACAUUUACGUUGGUGUUGAGUAUGUUGUUUAUGCUAACAGUUGUUCUUUUGAUCCUGUUGGGUCUUGGGGCUUUUUCUCUUCCAGUCAGCAGUGAAGAUUCCUCUCCUAAUGAUCUCAAUUCGUAUAGGCGUAUGGCUUCUGAAAGUGAUGGGGAUGGGAUGGGGAAGAGAGAAGAACAGUGGACUGAAAUUCUUUCUUGGGAGCCUAGAGCUUUUCUUUAUCACAAUUUCUUGUCAAAAGAAGAAUGUGAAUAUCUAAUAAACCUUGCCAAACCUCAUAUGGUGAAGUCUACUGUGGUUGAUAGCAAGACGGGUCGGAGUAAAGAUAGCAGGGUGCGGACGAGCUCUGGAAUGUUCUUGAGGCGAGGACGGGAUCGAGUCAUUAGAGAAAUAGAAAAGAGGAUAGCUGACUUCUCUUUCAUUCCCGUAGAGCAUGGAGAGGGACUUCAAGUUCUCCAUUAUGAGGUUGGGCAGAAGUACGAGGCUCACUUUGACUAUUUCCUUGACGAGUUCAAUACAAAGAAUGGUGGCCAGCGGACAGCUACUCUUCUUAUGUAUCUGUCAGAUGUUGAAGAAGGGGGUGAGACUGUAUUUCCUGCUGCCAACAUGAACAUAAGUGCUGUGCCAUGGUGGAACGAGUUGUCCGAAUGCGCCAAACAGGGUCUUUCCCUGAAACCAAAAAUGGGCAAUGCAUUGCUUUUCUGGAGUACAAGACCUGAUGCUACACUGGAUCCUUCAAGUUUGCACGGUAGCUGCCCUGUGAUUAGAGGAAACAAGUGGUCAGCUACAAAGUGGAUGCAUCUUGGGGAAUACAAGAUCUGAGCUGUUAUUGUAAAGCAGGAUAGGAAGACCUGUACCAUGUGGAUCAAUUGCUGUUCAUGGUGAAUGGUGUUAGAAUUCCUGACACAUGGUGAUGCGUCCUUCAUUGUAAUCAAGCACAGAUGUUUUACAACUCAUGCAUGGAGAUUUUUCAUUUGAUAGACGUUUUUUACCCUUCUAUCCAGCAUUUAGGGUUGGAAGUUGGUGGUCUUGAUAGAAUUCUUGUAGUAAUAGACUCAAAGGGGAUAGGAAAAUUGGUUGCAGGUGAUGCACCAACACCCUGCAGCCAACUGUAAAACUAACAGAAUAAAUCCGAAAUAUAAAUUACUACCAUUUGUUGGAA